CCGACGCGUCAAUCCACCAGGGUCCAGCGCCCAUUGUCCGCACGCCCGCACGCACGCACAGCUAUGAUUCCUAGGCUCCCUCGACUGGAGUACGCCGUUAGCUAAGGCUACUUUCAGUGAGACGUCAGGCAGGCGUCAAAGCUUCGAUCGUCGAGCGUCGUUGCACUCGUUUGCGAGGGGGGUUACGGCGUGGAAGCGUAGAACGUCAUUGGACCUCAGAAGACAGGCCCGCCCGUAUCUGGACAUGGACUGGCGCCAGACGAGCAUCAGCACGAUCACGGGCAGCCGGUGAGAAGAGAGAGCUCAUUGAGCCUACGUCUCAGACUCACUCUCAGGGUCCAACGAAGCACGUCCGUCCUCCAAUCCUGAUUGUGUCAGCCGUCUCCCGUCUGCCGUCUAUAAGUAGACCUUCAUCCCCUACCAACUCCUUCCGAUCAAACAAGACUCACCAUCAAUCAAUCCUCAACUCCACUCAACCGCACACACACUCACACACAAUGGCACCCCGCAACGAGUACUCCGAGCCCGAGGUGGUAGAGGACGACGCCCCCGCAGUCGAGGAGUCGGGCGUCGAUGCCCAGGCAGAGGACGAGGCCGUCACCAACGAGCCUGAGGCCAAGCAGGUCCAGAACGAGCUGGGCGACCUUGAUCAGGGUAACAUCAUCGACAACUCGGACGGUCCUUCGACGCGAGGCAACAAGGGCGACCCUAUGGCGGCGGACAAGGCCAUUGACCAGGACAUCGACAACGCUGAGCAGGAGCUCUCGUAGAUGCAAGAAUGCGCGCGCAC